AAAAAAGAAAAAGGAGGAAGGAAGAGGAAGGAUGCGCGCCGUCUAGCUCGUGCAGAUAAUGUAUCUCUAUGUAGCCUGCCUGUGAUUUACACCUGCGAUGAUCUAACGCAAAGCAAUACUAUCACAUCUCUAAAAGCCAUAAACUCAGGAUAUGUGAUGCACGACCCAACCGAGAACGAGCUUAUAUUUGCGGAUAUUGCACUUUAACAGUCAUUGAUCGGAUCUUGUGUUUGUUUUCUUCGGCUCGGUACUGCUGGAGGUCGCACCGGGCCUUUCAGGGUUAUGCAGUAAUGGAACAGCUAUUAUUUCUUGUAAUUUUGUACUUGCUUCCUACUCUCAUCUCUUCCAUACAUAAUUCAACGACCGGAGGAUGUGCAAUAAUUCGUCCCCCCAGAGAUGGAGGGAUUCGGUACAGAGGACUGACUCAGGAACAGAUCCGCAAUGUGCAGAUUUUGCCUGUAGACUAUGAAAUCGAAUACAUCUGUAGAGGAAGCAGAAUCAUUGUAGGGCCCAAGGUUCGAAAAUGCCUUCCCAAUGGUGCUUGGACUGACAUGAACCAGCUUAGCAGAUGCUUGUUGGUUUGCCCUCGUUCGUGGAUGUCUCUGGAGAAUGGAAGGGUGAAACUGCAGCCCCCUGGACCGCCAGUAGAGGGCACAGUUCUGCAUUACACCUGCCAUGCUGGCUUCUUUAUGGAGGGUUUUAACAUUUCUCACUGUACCAAACUGGGCAAAUGGGACUCACCCAAACCAAUGUGUGUGUAUGACAGGAACUAUACAGGCAAGAAGAAGCUGUACAUCGGAGCUCUGUUUCCUAUGAGUGGAGGAUGGCCGGGUGGGCAAGCGUGUCUCCCCUCAGCCCAGAUGGCGUUAGAUCUCGUGAACAACCGGAGCGACAUUCUGCCGGACUACGAGCUGGAGCUCAUAUAUUACGACAGUAUGUGUGACCCGGGGGAAGCCACUAAACUGCUGUAUGACCUGCUGUACACAGAGCCGAUAAAGAUCGUUCUGAUGCCGGGCUGCAGCUCCGUCUCCACGCUGGUGGCCGAGGCAGCACGCAUGUGGAACCUCAUUGUGCUCUCGUACGGCUCAAGUUCUCCGGCUUUAUCCAAUCGUCAGCGCUUCCCCACUUUCUUCCGUACGCACCCGUCAGCAACUUUGCACAAUCCCACGCGUGUUCAGCUCUUCCAGAAGUGGAAAUGGACUAAGAUCGCCACUAUCCAGCAAACCACUGAAGUUUUUACCUCGACGUUGGAUGAUUUGGAAGAGCGAGUAAAGGAGGCCGGCAUUGAGAUAAGCGUCAGGCAGAGCUUCCUCACUGAUCCCGCGGUGGCUGUCAAAAACUUAAAGCGUCAAGAUGCACGAAUCAUAGUCGGCCUAUUUUACGAGACUGAAGCCAGAAAAGUUUUUUGCGAGGUCUUCAAAGAGAAACUCUACGGUAAGAAGUAUGUCUGGUUCCUCAUCGGCUGGUAUGCAGACAACUGGUUUAAGAUCAAAGAUCCGGCCAUCAACUGCACUGUGGAGAACAUGACAGAAGCGGUGGAAGGACACGUCACCACUGAAAUCGUGAUGCUGAACCCAGAGACCGUCCGUGGUGCUUCCAACCUGACCUCGCAGGAGUUCCUGGCACAGCUGAUGUCACGUCUGGGUGGGAAAAACCCAGAAGAAACGGGCGGUUUUCAGGAAGCUCCUCUGGCUUAUGAUGCUGUUUGGGCCCUCGCACUGGCCCUCAAUAAAACUGUGGCCCCCUUGAGGGCCAAAGGCUGGGGCCUGGAAGACUUCAACUACAACAACAAAGAAAUCACCGCUGAGAUUUACCGAGCACUCAACACCAGCUCCUUUGAAGGAGUGUCUGGUCAUGUUGUGUUUGAUGCUCAGGGAUCUCGUAUGGCCUGGACUCUAAUAGAGCAACUGCAAGGUGGGAGCUACAAGAAGAUUGGAUACUACGACAGCACAAAAGGCAACCUGUCCUGGUACUCGAACGACAAAUGGAUCGGUGACAGGCCUCCAGCAGACCAGACCAAGGUGAAAGAGGAGUUUCGUUACCUUUCCCAGAAGCUCUUUGUCUCUGUAUCCGUGUUUGCUGGGCUGGGAAUCCUUUUUGGGAUAGUUUGCCUCUCUUUUAACAUAUACAACAGUAGUGUAAGAUACAUCCAGAACUCCCAACCCUAUCUAAACAACAUGACUGCAGUGGGCUGCGUUCUAGCGCUAGCUGCCGUUUUCCCCCUGGGCAUCGAUGGCUUGCACAUUAAUAGAUCACAAUUCCCUGUUGUGUGCCAGUUUCGCCUGUGGCUACUAGGGCUCGGCUUCAGUUUAGCCUAUGGCAGCAUGUUCACUAAGAUCUGGUGGGUCCACACUGUCUUCACCAAGAAAGAGGAGAAAAAAGAGAAAAGGAAGCACUUGGAACCUUGGAAGCUGUAUGCAACCGUUGCAGUUCUGCUCGCUAUCGACGUCCUCUCUCUGCUUAUCUGGCAGAUCGUGGACCCAUUGCACAUCACUGUGGAGAAGUUUACUAAAGAAAUUCCCAAAGAAGAUCGAGAUGUUUUGAUUCAGCCUCUUCUUGAGCAUUGCAGUUCAGAAAAGAUGAACACAUGGCUUGGUGUGGUGUAUGGAUACAAGGGUCUACUAUUGCUGCUGGGAAUCUUUCUGGCCUAUGAGACCAAGUCCAUCUCAACGGAGAAGAUUAAUGACCACAGAGCAGUUGGUAUGGCCAUCUACAAUGUAGCUGUCUUGUGUAUGAUUACAGCCCCAGUGACCAUGAUCCUCUCCUCCCAGCAAGAUGCUUCAUUUGCAUUUGCGUCACUGGCCAUCAUUUUCUCUGUUUACAUCACUCUCGUAGUUCUCUUCGUGCCUAAGAUACGUCGUUUGAUAACCCGUGGCGAGUGGCAGUCGGAACAGCAGGACACACUUAAAACUGGCUCAUCCACCAACAACAACGAAGAUGAGAAAUCACGGCAACUGGAACGCGAGAACAGGGAACUCCAAAAGAUCAUACAAGAGAAGGAAGAAAGAGUGACAGAACUUCGGCAUCAACUUGCGGAACGUCAAGCUUUGCGUUCCCGUAGACGGCCGUCCGUCCAGAAUCAAAACCAAAAUCACAGUGUUCCCCUUGCUCAGACGAAUCUACCCAGCUACUCCCCUGCUAUAGACAAACAGUCUCUUCCUCCAUCCUUUUCCAAUUCCUCAAACCUCUACCAGGGCGAAGGCAAACUGAGCCGAAACAACUGCCACAACAGUAGGUUGCCCCUGCUAUACAAAUGAUUCAUGCCUCCAGACUUGAUGAAUAAAAAAUAAAGAAGGUGGCAUCUGUUAACCUAUAGAUAAAGAACUCUUUAUUGGUUCACCUUUUGGCUUCCUGACAUUCCUGAUGUUAACUUAUUUGUUUACCUUCUGUUACACUAUAAGUUACCAAGUGUGGUGCUUACACGUGAAUGAAAUAUAGACAUUUAAUUUGUAGGUAUUUAAUUAAAGUGCUAGUUCACCCAAAAAUGAAAAUUCUGUCAUCAUUUACUCAUCCUCAUGUUGUUCUAAACCUGUAUGAAUUUCUUUUUUCUGAUGAACACAAAAUAUUUAUUUUGAGAAAUGAUGGUAAACACACAGCAGUGUGUCAAUUUGACUUCCAUAGUAGGAAAAAAUAUUUUGAAAGUAUUGUGAUAAAUGAUGAAAAAAAGUUGACAGUACCCAUUUAAUUCCAUCAUAUUUUUUUAUUCCAACAAUAAAAGUCAAUGGACACUAUAUGCUGUGUGUUUACCAUCAUUUAUCAAAAUAUCUUCUUUUGUGUUCAUCAGAAAAAAAUAAUUCAUACAGGUUUAAAACAACAUGAGGAUGAGUACAUGAUGACAGAAUUUUCAUUUUUGGGUGAACUAUCCCUUUAAAGCUGCAAUCCGUAAAAUUACGCCUCUCUAUCGCCAUCUCUGUUUGAAACAUGAAACUGCAGGUUACUUUAUGUGAAGGAACAAAAGAUAUUGCCUGCAAAAUCUGACCCAUCAGCUUUAUUUCUAAAUCAGUAUAAGCCUACUUUUGUAAAAACAUGUACUUGCUCAAUAUUUGAUUUAUAUUUAACCAAAAAAGUUACGGAUUGCAGCUUUAACCAAUGAUGUCAGAAACCAGAGUCCAUUAGUUUCUUGUAGAUUGGAUGGUGCUAAUGUAAAGAGUUCGAGCUGUUGUCUGUAGAUGGUCUAAAGUGACUUAUAUCUGGUUUGUUUUCUGCCAAUUAAUUUGCCCUUGGGUGUACAGUUGGACCAUAUAAAUCCUUUUUUUUUUAUAAAAAGUGUCACCAGAACAAGGGUGUUAAAAAGGAUUAUCUGGGUGCUGGAACCAGGUCUGGUCAAAAGUGUCUUUGAAUUAUUUUGGUGAGUGUCAGUGAAAGAGGGCGUUUGAAGACUCGCUUCACUUAACAUUUGAAAAGAUGGGCUGAGUGUCACUUUAAUGAGACAGACCUGGCAUGGGGCGCCAGAGGAUAUCAGAGUCUCCCUCUCAUCCAGUUCACAAUAGAAAGCUUUUUUCUAAAGCUGUGAUUUAAGGUUUCUGACCUGAGUCUGGUAGAUAGUUUAUUUUCCUGAUAUUCUUUUUCACAUCAAAUCCUUAUAGAUUUAUUGGAUUUGCUGUUCCAGUCCUACUCUCACGAUUUUCUAAGUGGAAUGAUCUAAAAUUAUGUUUUUUGAACUGGACAAUUUUUUUCCAAUGAUUUUAUGUUUGUCAGCUGUGACAGUUGUGAUUUGUUUGUCUAUCACAGUUCACAUGGAAAAUAAGCACAGAUCUUUUCAGACCAGAUUUGUUACAUGCAUCAGCAAACCUGAAACUGGUGCAGCUAAAGCGGUUUCAUUUAAAAGAUUUGCGAUAUGAAAACUCCAUAUAGACCUACAGUAUGUAUGUUCAGUUUCAUUGAGUUUAAGUUUAUUUGUGUAGCGCUUUUCACGGUUUACACUGUUGCUGAGCUACAGAAAAUACAAUGUAGAAAUGUCACUGUUGUUGAGUUUUAACAAAUGCCUAUUUUAAUGCAAAUUUGAAAUCAUUACUUUUAGUCCAAUACAUUUGUAUUAUUUCAUAUUUUUUUAUUUUUACCAUUUACAAAUGGUUUAAAAACAUGUUGUGCCUCUAAGAAACACACCUUUAAUAAUUCAUGAUUUUUGAGGAUGAUGGCAUCUCAAGCAACCUGCCCUUGUUGGCAAUGGCAUCUACCAAAAAUUCCUCAAUUUUGCCUAGUAACUGAUUAAUCUGAGCCGUAAUAUUGGCUUUUAUUGUAUGCAUGGCCUUUGAAGUCAACAAAAAGUAUAGGAAGUGCUUUAUUUUUGUUUAUUUUUCUAUUUUAAAUGCAUGAUGGUUUUUCUUUACUUUGUCUGCAACCCCGACAGUUGCAAUCGGAACCGACAGCAGAUGACAUUCUGCAUCGAAUCCACAGCGAAGUCAAAAUUUCUUCUGCAAACUUUCUUACUUUUGUUUUGUUUUAAGUAGAAAUAACUAAAAAAUUCUUAAAUCAAGAUGUAUUUACUUCAUGAGCAAAUGAC